CAAACUUCAGCGCUGCGCCAACGAGGCCCUGCUGCCACCGCCAUGGGGAGCGCCAACAGACCGAUUUCCAUCACCUCCGACGAGAUAAACGCCCUCAUAUAUGCGUACCUUCAAGACUCCGGGUUAUCGCACACGGCGUUUUGUCUGCGCACCGAGUCCAAACUCGAUGAAUCGCCGUGCUUCUCUACUCAUAUACCCAGGGGCGAGCUUAUAGAGCUCCUCAGCAAGGCCUUGCUCUACAUUGAGGUUGAGCAUCAUUGGAAACGCACACCGGAGACGAGAAGUUGCAAGAACACCUUUCGGCUCCUCGAGCGUCACGUCUGUGCUCCAAGCUCGCGCAAACAGAAGCUGGCGGCGGAGGAGGCCAAGAAACUCGAGAAGCCUGCGCCGAUGGACGUUGACAUUCCCCAGCCACCGAGGGCGCCCUUACCCACCAAGGAAGUCCUGAAGCAGCCUGACACAACCAACAACAAGCGAAAAGCUGAGACACCUUCGGAAGGAUCUGUGGAUGAGGCGAAGCGACAGAAGAAGGACAAUGUAGCAAGCCUGACUGCCUCACCCCCAGUAGCGGAGUCUGCCGAAGACAAGAACGUGUCUUCGGCGUCUGCUAUCACCAACAUCAUGGCGAAUUUUGCAGAGAAGAUCAGGUCGGAGACCCAAAUGGGUCCAGUUGACGACGUGACCGACAAGAGGGUCGCGGUGCUGCUGUCUGGGCACACUGCAGAAGUCUUCGUAUGCGCCUUCAAUCCUCAAGACAGGAAUAUCGUAGCAUCUGGAUCAAAGGACGGUCAUAUCAAUAUAUGGCGACUCAACGACCCUCCUGCCGACGGCUUUUCAACGCCGCCUCCACCACCUAUCCGCUUCAACGCGGAGUCGAUUAUACCAGACAAAGACCUGACUUCCAUGUCGUGGAGUCCUGACGGCAAGCUACUUGCGGUCGGUUCGUACGACAGGGUCUUCCGCAUUCUUACUGUGGAAGGAAAACUGUACUUCCAACACUCCCUGCACAAGGGGGCUAUCUUCGUCGUUCGGUACUCGCCGAAUGGAAAGUACAUCUUGACCGCAAGUCUGGACGGUACUGCUGGCUUGUGGAACCCCGCGAACAAAUCCCUUGUUCGACAAUAUCAGGCGCAUACAGAUUGCUGUCUAGACGUAUGCUGGAUAACGGACGAACUAUUCGCGAGCUGCGGUGCCGACGCGCGUGCCAACAUCCUGAGCGUGAACCAACGGGAACCGCUGAAGACGUUGUCGUACGUUCCAGGUACUGAGAUAAUCGCUGUGAGAGCCAAUCGCGACGGCACGAAGCUAGCUACGUGCUCGGACGACCGCACUGCUCGCGUGUGGGAUAUCUCGCGAAUUAGGGCAUCUUCACCGGCGGGCGAAGAUUUCCCGGGCUUGGGAAGUACAGACAUGAGGUCCGUAGUACUGGAGGGUCAUGAAAAGGGCGUCAGCACGAUCACAUGGCAGCCCGCUCUGGUGGACGGGUGCCCAGAACUCGUGGCUACCUCCUCCUUUGACGGUACUGCACGCUUGUGGGUCGCCAGAACGGGACGAAGCUACGCUGUCUUCCGGGACAACAAACGCGCCGUGUACGCCAUCAGCUUCAGGCCCGACGGUAAAUUCUUGGCCACCGGAAGCGGUGACGGAUUUGUGCAUAUAUACAACGUCAAGUCGAAAAAGCGCGUAUGGUCUUGGUACUCUGGUCCUGUGAAGCAGGGCAUCUUCGAGAUCGAGUGGCAGGUGCUGGGUACGAAGAUCAAUCGUAUGGCGCUGGCUCUCGAAAACAAGGCAGUCGCCGUCAUCGACAUCAGCAAAGUUCCUGCCAUGCAAGCCGUGUAGACUCCCUGGUGGCGUAGAUACACGGUGUACUUCUUCCCUUUCCUUUGGGUCUGCGAAAUAGCGGAAUUGAACUUUUGGAU